AUGCUUGAUGCCAAGCCUGUGAAAACUCCGCUUGCUACUCAUUUUCGUCUUUCAGUAGAUUUGUCACCUCAGGCUGAGAAGGGGGAUCAGUACAUGUCUUGUGUUCCUUAUGCUAAUGCAGUUGGAAAUAUUAUGUAUGAUAUAGUCUGCACCCGCCUAAAUAUUUCACAUGCAGAUCUUUUCUGUUUCACCGCGGUCAUUCUAAGUCUCAGUCAUUUAUUUUUGGGGGUUGGGUCUGAUGAAAGUACUGCACGGACUGAGUUUAAUGUUUUAGAUUUUGGAGCCAUUGGCGAUGGCACUACCGAUGACACUGAGGCAUUUCGAAAAGCAUGGGCCUCAAUUUGUGGAGCAGGUUCAGAUACUUCUACAAUGAUUAUACCAGAGCAUAAGACUUUCUUUGUGAAACCCAUAACUUUCAACGGUCCAUGUAAUUGUGGCCAUGUCAAUUUUCAGAUUGAGGGCACAAUAGUAGCACCUGAUGCUCCGAGCACUUGGGAUGGACUUGACCCAGGCCAAUGGCUACAAUUUAAAUACAUUAAUGGGCUUACUGUUGAAGGCCCAGGUGUAAUCGAUGGCCGGGGAUAUAAUUGGUGGAAGAAAUCAUGCAGAGAAAAUCCCGUGCAGGCCCUAAAAUUCUUCGCAUGCAACAACCUCCAAGUGAGCAACCUAACCUCAGUCGACAGUGCCCAAACGCACCUAGUGUUCCUAGGCUGCCAAUGGGUCGGUGCCAACAACUUGACCAUCAUGGCCCCCGGUGACAGCCCCAAUACCGACGGUAUCCACAUCCACGCUUCCCAACACGUCAAGGUUCAGAACUCGAACAUAGGCACAGGUGAUGAUUGCAUCUCUGUUGGAGACCACGUGUAUGAUAUUGGCAUCGAGAACAUAAAUUGUGGUCCGGGUCAUGGCAUAAGUGUUGGAAGUUUGGGGAGAGGAGGGACUGAGGCAUCGGUUGAAGAAGUUCACGUGCGAUACGUAUAUUUUCAGAACACAACCAACGGAGCAAGAAUCAAGACAUGGCAGGGAGCAAAAGGAUAUGCAAAAGGGAUUAAAUUCGAGUACUGUAUUUUCAACAACGUACAAAACCCUAUCGUCAUUGAUCAAUAUUAUUGUGAUGUUCGGGGCAAAUGCAAGGAUGAGCCAGCAGCAGUGCAAGUGAGCAAUGUGAGUUACGCAAACUUCCAAGGAACUUCACAAACCCCAUUUGCAGUAAGCAUGAACUGCAGCCAAGCCAUCCCUUGCACUUCCAUACAAUUCGAUACCGUGAACCUCACAAUGGCAACUAAGGAGGCAGACACCAAAGCAUACUGUAUCAAUGCUUACGGAAACACCAUGGGAUUUAUCCAUCCAACUCUUGACUGCCUCCGCCGUUGA